UACACCAGACACAAUGAAGGUUGAAGUUCGUCUAUUAUUGCUUUUGGCUUCGCUGAUAAUUUCUGCAAACGCAGCAAAUUAUUGCGAUUCAAGUUUAUGUCCUAGUGGACAGCAUAUUGCUUGCGGAAAUAAUGGAAAAUUCGGAGCCCAAUGUCCAGCUGGUGCUAAGGUGGUUGAUUUAUCAGGUAUGAAGGCUCUCAUCAUUCAAAUGCACAAUGUGCGGCGAGAUCGGAUAGCAGGUGGAAAUUUGCCAGGAUAUCAACAAGCUCGUCGAAUGGGAACAGUGCAAUGGGAUGACGAAUUGGCUAAAAUUGCUCUUCUGAAUGCUAAAAGAUGCUUCAUGGCCCACGAUGCAUGCCGAAAUAUUCCCCGUUUUACUCGAUCUGGACAAAAUAUAGCAUUAUCGUCAACCAAGGGAAUGCCAAACCAAUUGAGGAAGCACCUUAUUGAAGCCAUACAAAAUUGGUUCCUCGAAUAUAAGGAUGGAAAUAUGAACAUCAUGAAUAGUUUCCGGGACCCCAAGGUUGUGGGACACUUUACUGUAAUGGUAAGCGAUCGUCUUGUCAAGGUAGGAUGUGGAACAGUUCGAUUUACGAAAAAUGGUCGGGACACCUUGUUGACAACCUGCAACUAUUCAACAACCAACAUUCUCAAUAAACCUGUAUACAAAACAGGUACUGCUGCUUCAGGAUGUACAUCAGGAAAGAACCCAACCUACAAGAAUUUGUGUUCAGUGAACGAACCUAUCAAUCCUAAUGCAAUAUAGAUAUGUCUGUGAACGUCUAACGAUUUGUUAUCUUUGGGAAAUAUACGAUUUG